AUGAGUGGAAACAAUCCCUUGGACCAGGGCCAAAAUCGAGAUCAAAAUGAUUCCCGGAAUCGAGAUUUGGAUCUGGAUCGGAGCACAAAUCUCGAUGUCGCAGGAGAAAUGCCUGGAUCUGAGAGCAAGAGUUCUCUAAGUGUGCCACCACAGCCUGGAAGGAAACGAGGACUUUCGCUCCGUUCUCAGCUAUUCAACAAGGCAUUUGCAGGAACAUUUGCAGUGUCUUCCACGACCAAUAGCACUUCCACUACAAGCACAUCACCAUCAGAUGAUUCGACCUCGGUGCGUCAAACGCAAAUGGCCGAACCUGAUGCCUACCCCAACUCGAGCUCAGACUUCGAGCUCCAGAACAUGCCUACACCGCAGAUUAAAGUGGAGGAAGCCCCAAAUGAAGGAACGCAUGCUAAUGACCUCAUUGGGGGUUCUACGGCGCCCAGAGUAGAGUACAAUCCCUACAACCCCAUGAACCGAGUGCCCUCCGCCAACAGCGAGAAUGAGCCUUAUAAUGGCAGUGUGCUUGAUUUUGCGUACUUCUUGCCCAAUAACAGCAAAAGUAAUAGCAGGAAAAGAUCGGGCUUCUUGAAGUCUAUCAUUAAACUAAAGAAUAAGGUUUUGGGUAUAAGAGACUUACCUCCUACAGAAGGUGGGAGGAAAAUACCAGUUGCAAUUAACCAUACAAAUGUAAACAGCGAGUUAAAUGGCGAUUACUACGACCCAUCUUCAAAGCAACUCAUCGAUGAAAGAAGCAAUGAGCCUUACUGUAACAAUAUCAUCACCCUGUCUAAGUAUACCAUUUACAACUUUUUUCCGAAACAAUUGAAAGCACAAUUCUCCAAAGUUGCAAAUUGCUACUUCAUGAUAGUGGCAAUCUUACAAAUGAUUCCUACCUGGUCUACUACAGGUCAGUAUACAACAAUAGUGCCACUUUUAAUUUUCAUGUCUAUAUCAAUAGCCAGGGAGGCAUUUGACGAUUGGAAACGUCAUGUCCAUGACAAGGAGGAGAAUAAUAAAGUCUGCACGGUAAUACGGGAGGACCAAGACUUCUCGAAUGUGGACAGUCAAUCCAUACGAACGAUUGUCACUGAAACAAUGAAUGUAAACGGCGAAUCGACGGCCAUGGACAGAUUAGGUAUUCAUAACAUCGACGAACACGACAACCAAGAAAAGAAAACGAGAGCACUUUCAUACAGGAACCGUUCCUUAAUGAAAUCUUACAAUAUCAAGGAGUACAAGACAAAGUGGAAAAGGUUGAAAGUGGGAGAGAUUGUGAAACUUCAUGAAGACGAAUGGUUGCCUGCAGAUGUAUUACUUCUUGCUACUUCUAAUGACUCGCAGGAUGCUUACGUUGAAACUAUGGCACUUGAUGGAGAAACCAAUUUGAAGCAGAAGAACCCACAUGUUGAAUUGUCCAAAACGUAUUCAACAGCUCUGGGUUUAAGUGCAGGCAGGACACUUAUUACCGUAGAAGAUCCUAAUCUUGAUUUGUACAAUUUUGAAGGUCAUUUCAAGAUAGGGGUGGAAAAUGAAGGAGCGGGCAGCAAGACUUAUGCAUUGGGGCCGGAUAACGUAAUUUAUAGAGGCAGUAUUCUAAGAAAUACGAAGUCUGCCUUAGGAUUAGUUAUAUUCACAGGUGAAGAAACUAAAAUUAGAAUGAAUAACAUCAAAAACCCCAGAGUUAAGUCCCCAAAAUUACAAAAGAAUAUCAACUAUAUUGUGCUAUUUAUGGUUUGUGUAGUGAUAUUGUUAUCUGCAUUCUCAACAAUGGGUGAACGUCUAUUAUAUAUGGACGAUAGGUCCAAAAACUGGUACCUUAUGGAACAAGAUGCUGGAAUUGCUGCCACUUUGAUGGGAUUCAUUAUCAUGUAUAACACCUUAAUUCCCUUAUCACUUUAUGUUACUAUGGAAAUAAUUAAAGUCAUGCAACUAGUAUUCCUUCAAAAUGAUAUAGACAUGUAUCACGUGGAGAGUAAUACUCCUGCUGAUGCCAAAACUGCUACAAUCUUGGAAGAGCUAGGUCAAGUAGGCUAUGUCUUCAGUGACAAAACAGGUACCUUAACUGAUAAUUUGAUGCUUUUUAGAAAAUUUAGCGUUUGUGGUGUUUCAUGGAUACAUGAUUUAGAUGUUUUACAGGAAGAUAAACUAAAGCAGUCUGAUAAUGACACCUGGAGUAGAUCUAGUUCUCCAAUUGCACCUGUCAGGUCCACUACUGAAGCUGCUAGGAAAAGCAUGGAUGUGAAGAAGCUUCAAAAGGCUACAUCAUGGAAAUCCACAGCUCAUCCAAGUAGAUCCCAGGAUUUAAUAAGAUCAAUGGAGCUAUUGAAAUACGUUCAAAGUCAUCCCCAAACUCUUUUUUCUAAGAAGGCUAAAUUUUUCCUUUUAAGUAUUGCUCUUUGUAAUACCUGUUUGCCUAAAAAGCAUAAGGGUGAUAUUGAAGAUAUUGACGACGAAAACUUUUCAAGCUUGAACAGUUCAGAACUAUCAUUGAAAUUAGACGAGUUAACCAAAGAUGAUGAAAUAGACUACCAAGCAGCAUCUCCAGAUGAAUUGGCUCUUGUCGAAGCAGCAAGAGAUUUAGGAUUUGUUGUUUUCGAUCGUAAAAAUAAAGUUUUGAAAAUCAAGACUUACCCGAAUGGUUUUGAUGAUGACUAUAUAGUCGAAGAGUAUGAGAUUUUGGAUGUUAUUGAAUUUUCUUCUGGAAGAAAAAGAAUGUCAAUAGUUUUAAAGUUUCCCGACGGUAGAAUCUGUCUUAUCUGUAAAGGUGCAGAUAAUGUAAUUCUCGAAAGAUUGAAGAAUAGGGAUAUGGCAGUGAACAUGGCAAAGAAAAUCAACCAAACUUCCAGCGACAGAAAAGUAAUGGAAGCUGAUGCGGUUCUUCAUACUCGAAUGUCACAAGAUUUGGAAGGAGGUGGCGGUAUUGAAGGUUCUGGCAAUGGAAAUGGUUCCCCAAGAAAUUCUUUAUCAUCUCUUCGCCGUAGUUUAAGCCUCGGAAGAAAUAGCAUAGAUCCAGUAGAACGAUUGAACUCAAUUGAUAAUUACCUCAUGAGUAAAGAAGAUGAACAAUUAGAUAAUAUUGCAUUAAGAAGUCGCAAUUCCCUAAAGCAAAUACAAAGACAAAAAUACAACUUGAAUGCUCUUGAGGAUAAAAUCAAAGACUUUGUUCCGAGCGACAAAUUAUUGGUUAACGAAGAAUAUUUGUUAGAAAAGACAUUAGAGCAUGUUGAAGAAUUUUCUACAGAAGGUUUAAGAACAUUGUUGUAUUCAUUCAAGUGGCUUGAUAAAUCUACGUACGAAAACUGGUCCCAACAAUAUGGUGAGGCAAAAACUGCAUUAACAAAUAGAAGUACAAAAGUAGACGAAGUCGGUUCACUUAUCGAGAAUGGAUUUGAGCUUUUGGGGGCUACUGCUAUAGAGGAUAAGCUUCAAGAUGGAGUAAGUGAAACUAUUGACAAGUUAAGAAGAGCAGGAAUCAAAAUGUGGAUGUUGACAGGAGAUAAAAGGGAAACCGCUAUAAAUAUUGGCUAUUCUUGCAGGUUGAUUAAGGAUUAUUCUACUGUCGUUAUUUUGAGUCAAGAAGAAGGUAGAGAAGGCUUGAUGCAAAGAAUUACUUCUGCAGGUGCUGAAAUAAGAGCAGGUAGAGUGGCUCACAGUGUUGUAGUAAUCGACGGUGCAACUUUAGCAGACUUUGAAAAAGACAUUACUCUAAUGUCGGUUUUCGUAGAGUUUUGCGUUGAAGUUGAUUCUGCCAUUGUUUGCAGAGCAUCGCCUUCUCAGAAGGAGAGCAUGGUCUCUCAUGUCAGAAAAUUGAAGAAAGAUUGUGUCACAUUGGCAAUCGGUGAUGGUGCCAAUGACAUUGCAAUGAUCCAAAGUGCAGAUAUUGGUGUAGGAAUUACCGGAAAAGAAGGUUUACAGGCCGCAAGAUCAUCAGAUUACGCAAUUGCGCAAUUUAGAUUCUUGCUCAAGCUCUUGUUGGUCAAUGGUAGAUAUAACUAUAUUAGAACGUCCAAAUUUGUCUUGUGUACAUUCUACAAGGAAUUGUUGUUUUAUUUAACUCAGGCAGUGUAUCAGAGGUUUACAUUAUUUUCAGGAUCCUCCAUGUACGAGCCAUGGUCACUAUCAAUGUUUAAUACAUUGUUCACUUCACUUUGUGUUUUAUGUGUCGGGAUGUUUGAUAGGGAUUUGAAACCUGCAACACUCAUUGCAAUUCCAGAAUUGUAUUCCAAAGGUAGAUUAUAUCAAGCUUUCAAUUUGAAACUUUUUAUUGCAUGGGUUAGUUUGGCAACAGCACAGAGUAUGUUUUUAUCAUUUACAUCCAGUGAAUUAUGGAGUAAUACUGCAUUAAGAGACAAUACCACUCUUCCUAUAGGAACUAUGCUCUAUGCAGCCAUGGUGAUUGUAAUUAAUGUCAAGUGUGAGAUAAUUGAGAUGCAAAAUAGACAAUGGUUGGCAUUUGCUGCGUUAAUUAUAUCGGUUGGUGGUUAUGGAUUAUGGAACGUUUUAAUAAUGUAUCUUCAUCGUUCAAAACCACCUCCUAUUUUCUUUAUCGAUUAUGGAUUAUUGAUGUGGGGUGCAGAUGUGAGCUGGUGGGCAUCUUUAUUGAUUUUAGCUACUAUACCUAUUUUGUUUGACGUUUUACUCAAAGUUUUCCAGUUUAUGUUCAAGCCAAAUGAUGACGAAUUAUUCAAGUUUAUAGAAAAAGAUAUUGGUAUGAGACGCUUGUUUGAAGAGCAUUCUUGGAAUGAAUUACACCAAGGCUGGACAAUGGAAAGGGAGCCACUGACUGUGAAGAUGAAAAUCUUGACACUUCUCAAUAGGUUUGGCAUAGUUAAGAAAGUCACUUUGGAGGAUGUGAAGAGCAAAAGUGACUACCAGCGAUCUGUGAUACAAAGAAAGAGAGCCGGUACACUCCAGGGACCUGCGGAGCUUAAUGCAGGUUCCGAGGGAGUUGCCAUCUACCAGCUGGAUGCGGAUUAUUUACCCAGUGGGAAAAGUGCCCACAAGAGUAGUUGGUGGAGGAGCAAGAAUAAAGAUGAAGAGAUUGACAUUGAUUCAUUGCUAGAGAGAAGGUUAGGAAGAGCUAGGUCAGGAAGUGGAGAUAAUGUAUAA